CUUCACACUCUUCCAAGAUAACUGCCUGAAGUUUAUUCUGAACUUUUAUAGACUGGUAAUGUUUUAAACAGUGCAGAAGGUUUUAAUCUAACACAAGUUGUGUGCUGUCUUUCAUCUUAUUUUAGUAAUUGUUUUCACAGCAGAACAGACAGGAUGUAUUUUUCCUUUUUUACUAGCAGCUGAGUUAUUUAUUUGAGAAAGUUGUUUUCCUCAGUGUUUUGUUUCCCAGCUGUGUUUUAAGAUGAGUAAACAGACUCCAACGCUAUUUAACACCCAUAUGAAGCGGGUUAUGGGUGCCGUGCCGGACUGUUAGCUGGAGGACUGACUUUAUUUUCUGACUCGUUUCCUGAUGAGCUUCCUCAUUAGCGCUGAGCUAAUCUUCCCGUGCGCAUGGAGCUCUCCGCUCGGACACACGGUUGAGCUCGGGGCAGGUGCGCGCUCUCACACAGCACACUCACACUCAUACACACAGUACAGUCAUGGACACGAGACGGAGCAAAAAGGAAAGAAUUAAACAGAACCUGUUCGGGUUUAAUAGCUGCACGCUGGGUGUUUACUUAAAGAAGGGAGCGGCCUGUGACUAAUAUCAGAUACUGCAUGAGAUGAGUCAGAGGACAUUCCUUGAGGUCAUAGGUUCCUUCCUAUUUCAACAAUGUCAAGAAUAGCGUGGUAUCAAGAAAAGAUUGGCGCUUACGACCAGCAGAUAUGGGAGAAAUCGCUGGAACAGGCUGAACUGAAGGGCAUUAGAAAUAAGCCGAAGAAAACCGGUCACAUCAAACCCGACCUCAUAGAUGUCGACCUGGUGAGAGGCUCCACGUUUAGCAAGGCUAAGCCAGAGAGCCCAUGGACUGCUCUGACUCGUAAAGGCAUGGUUAGGGUCCUCUUCUACCCAUUCUUCUUCAGGUGGUGGAUUCAGGUCACGUCCAAAUUCAUUGCCACGUCGAUUCUGGUUAUGUACGCCUUGCAAGUGGCUGCUGCUCUGUUGUUUAUCGAGGUGCCAGCAGCCACAGUCAGCGAGGUACUGGGUCCGAUGUGCCUGAUGAUGUUAUUAGGAACAGUGCACUGCCAGAUAGUGUCCACGGAGUCAUCCAGGAACUCUGAGGGCGGCCUAAUGGCCAGCAUGAUUCCCACUACCACUGUGAAAAUGAGCCCUCCUCGAAAGAAAAGACAAAGGAAGUUUAAAAAAGUUAAAAGAUCAGAUAAGAUGGAGAAAGAAGCCGCAGAGAUCAAGCCGUGGCAAGACAAGGAGAGCAAGCAGUUCUGCAGGUCACAGAUGGAUCGGAAUUCCCAAAGGAAGUCUGUGGAUGGGCGGUCUGAAGAGUUUUCCAGUGAAGAAGAGGAAGUUGAGGUAGCAGGGCAACCGACAGACAGACUCGGCCCGAGUCAACAGACCACACUUGCUCCUAGACUCAGGAAGAGGCUUCAGAAUGCCACGAAGUCUGCAGCGACGACAAAGCAUCAGCGGGCACCUGAUGAUGGCAUCGCCACAGCAACGCCUCAGGUAGUGAAGCAGGCACAACCCUCUGAGGAUUCUCGGCCUGCCUCUGACUCGGACGACAUGCUGUGGGAGGAGUUUCUUCAGGGUUCUGACACUGCCUCGUCAGCCAGCAGUGAGAGUGGGGAUGAGGGGCUUCAGAGUCAUAACCACACCGUGCCUCCACCCGUCGUCCUCAGCAGUGAUGAGGACCAGGCUUUCUCACAGCACCAGUUAUCAUGGCUUCAGGCCUGCCACCCUUCUAAAGACCGGGUGAGUGCCAUUAUCUGGGAACAGGGUGAGUGCAAGAAGGCUGAUAUGUCCGUGUUGGAGAUCAGCAGCAUCAUCCUUACACAGGUAAAGUUGGUUGAACAGGGAAUGGGUUACCUGGUCUUUGGAGGGCUGGUCACAGCCACGUUGGCCCUGCUCCCUUUCUGCUUUCGUUUGGCUCAGCAGCUUGACAUAACCUGUCUCAACUCCAUCACCCCCAAUGAACUGCUCAUCAUGGCUGCCGGGAAGCCUAGUGCCUACUCUCUGGCGUUCUUCCUCAUCACCAUUGUGGAAAGAGUCUUUCUCAGCGGGCUUUUUUUCUUCAUGAUGUGUGUUGCUGAAAGAACUUACAAACAGCGGCUCCUCUUCGCCAAACUCUUCAGUCAUAUCACGUCAGCACGCAAAGCCAAAAAGUCUGCAAUCCCUCACUUUAGGCUGAAGAAGGUGCAAAACAUCAAGAUGUGGCUUUCACUCCGAUCUUUCCUCAAGAGACGGGGGCCUCAGCGCUCAGUCGAUGUCAUUGUUUCUUCCAUAUUUCUUCUGGCGCUGUCCAUCGCAUUCACCAUCUGUGCUCAGGUGCUGAACAACCACCGAACGUUCCUGGAGUGGGAGUGUAACUGGGAGCUGCUGGUUUGGGGUACCGCUCACCUUAUCUUCCUGCUGCGGCUGGCCACGCUCGGGGCUGAGAUAAACCACAAGUACAGCAACACUUCUGUGCUGCUCACUGAGCAGAUUAACUUGUAUCUGAAGAUGGAAAAGAAACCAGAGAAGAAGGACGAUCUAUGCAUCGUCAACAACGUGCUGAAACUGGCCACGAAAUUACUGAAAGAGCUAGACACACCGUUCCGUUUGUUAGGUUUGACCGUAAACCCCCUGAUCUAUAACAUUACCAGAGUGGUCAUCCUGUCUGCUGUCUCUGCAGUGAUCAGCGACCUGCUGGGAUUCAAUAUCAGACUCUGGAAGAUCAAACCGUGAUGUGACCCUCCUAGACCCUGUGCUCUGUGCUGCUAGAGGACCAAUCACUCUUACAUAUGUGCAAAUCUACUGUCUAAACCAACACUUUUCUUUGUAAAUCUUCAAAUCUAAAAUGAGCUUAAUUCUGGCUGCAUGCAUUUAUCACGUUCAGUUCCCUGGCUCAGGUUCCUGCACUUUAAAAAAUUUACUUUAAAAAAAUUAUUUAUUUCUUGCAACUAACAAAAUGACCAAAUUAAUGACAAAGGCGAUGCACGUUCCAGUGGCUUAGUUAAACUGAAUGAGAAUUCCAUGCAUUCCAGGCUGAUGCUAAAUGAAGCUUAGUAUUCUCUCCUGGAUUCUUAACUGAUUAACUGAUUGAUUUAUUACAGCUUUUUUUUUUUUUACCCUUUAAGUAUUUGUGUUUGUUUGUUUGUUUGUGUUUUUAGCCAGAAUUGGAAUGAUUAGUGAUGGGAUAGUUAUAUUGAUUAAUUUUGUUUAUAUUUCCGCACAUGAUCUCUUGAUGUUAUGGGAAAUUUUUAAAGUGCUUGUGUAUUCAUACAAACUGGCUUGAUCUGAGGUCUGAAUUCUAUGUAAGUCUUAUUCUUAAGCAAUACUGCCUGCUUAAACUCGAACAUCACACCUUUACAUAAAACCACUAAGUGCUUUAUGACUGUAUUAUAAAGAAUGUCUUAGACAAUGUGAGCUAUUUAUGGGAUAUAAGCAAUCAUCAUUAGAAAGAAGUGUGAAAAACGUUUAAGGGCUUACUGUAUGAAAGAAUUCUGCUAUCUCCCUAUAAAUGCUUUUGAUUUAAGUCAUAUUAAAUAUGCUUCAUAAGUAGUAUUGAGACCUGAUUUUGUAUUAUACUAUACAGUAUAGUCCUGUUUGUUUUAUCCCUGUGCUUUUUAAACUACAUAAACCGACUUCACUACUGUUCUUCCUACUGUGAAUAAUUUUUAUGUACACUAGAUGCCGAAAGUGCGGGAGCAAUGAUAACUUUGUUCUAUUCACUUUUUUUGGGGCAAGAAACUACAACUAUCUAACUUUGCUUCUUUUACAUUUGAAAUUUCAAGUUUUAUUGAUGCCUUAAUCCUGUACACAUGAUUGUCCCCUCCAGAUCCUCUUGGAGCCCUGUUAAUUGUUGCGUUAAUGAGGAAUUUGCACUGUCCGAAAUAAUAAUAAAAAAGAAUGAUGUAUUA